UUUAUAGCUCCACUUGUCUCAAGUGCACCAAUCUUAAUGAUAAGACAUGUGAGGGAGUGAGCGAGACUUGCAAAGAUAAUUCCAAAUGCUUUGUGAAAUCCGAUCGCUCAGAUUUCCGUAAGUACAAAAUAUAUGUUAAAUUUCAAAGCUUUAUAAAGUAUGAAGAAUAAGACAAAUAUACUUUUUAACUGCUUAAAAUACAUGAUGAUAAGAUGUAUCAGCCAAUACUAACCUGUGUAAGGACACAAGAAAUUAGCUGGACCUGUCCAUGUGCUUUUGAACACUCAGAAGCUACAACUAUCGGCGCUUGGAUUCUCCAGCAUUGCAGGAUUUACUUUCUUACUAAAAUGUUGUACAGAGUCCAAGCACCAUAACUGCUUUAGAACACUAAAGUGGUUGUGACGAAGUGCCCUUCGCCACUUGUGCUUGGAGAGGACCAAUGGCUCGCCUUUUGCCUUGUGACUAUGGCCCCUGUGUUAGACCCUGGUUCAGGACUAGGGAAAAACUGUUGUUUGUGCGUUUUUCCUGCAAUGGUUCAGUGAAUAGGGCUUGCCAAAUGGAUUAUGCUAAUGGUGUUCAUUUACCGAACAAACUGACGAAUGGCCAGACCACCCACAAGUGGCGUGUGCUGCUCGUUGACCUCCCAGGAGAUGUGGUUAACCGCAGCUUAAUUGGGGAACGGCUGGGUGGUCGGCGUUCGUAUGAACGAACACGUGGCGGCGGCCAUUUUGUUUAGUAGAAUGCGCUCAGCGGUGGUUUGUCUUCGAAAGCCUGGAACUAUUUUCGGCUACUAUUUCCACAAACACUACUGAGACUUCUACCUUCCGUGCGUUCGGCUAAAUCCAGAAGAACAGAGCGCUAUUCUAAGGGGAGAAACUAACGAACAAGACACUUACACUGAGGUAAUGCACGAACUGAGCCGUUCAUGCAAUUUGUAUCUACUCUAAAGGAGAAGAUAGACCAGUCGCACAGCCCAAAUCUAUGGAACUGCUUUGAGGCAGGAUAACCAUGCGGCGGUCGGUCAAAUGUGACUUCCAGCUAUCUCCCGAACCACUGAACCGAUUCACAUGAUUUUUGGAUAUGUUUGUUCCCUGAUUAUGCUGGUUCAGAAAAUGGAAUUGCAUUUAUAGUUAUGAAGUUAUAAAAGUUAUGUAAAAAGUAUAUUUUUCGCUUGGAGAUAAUUGAGUUGAUACUGCAAUUAACUGAAUUAUCUCCCAAGCAGAGGGGAGGAAUUUACUGUAAUGAAUGGGAGUGUUUAACUGUGUAACUGUAAAUGAUUGGUUGUUGAGUUUGUGUUUGCAGUGCCCAACAAGGUCCAUAUGAGUGGUAACCUUGGGGGAAAACUUGUAUAUAAUAAGGCCUCCAUGCAUUCUGUUCCUGCUUAACCCUCAAUCUAGAGUCUUGUCUCUUAUUGGGGGAAUUGCUAUAUCACUACAAGGGAUUGCUAUGCUCUUCAUACUCCCUUGGAUAAUCACUACUAAGCUCUUUUAAGAGUUUGUUCCUGCUUCGCUCUCUUGGAGGAGAGGUUCACCCACUGGAACCUGGAGCCUUGUCGUAGGUCCAGGGUGGGUAGGAGAUGGUGAGACCCCAACCAAGCUGUGGCGGUUUGUAUGGCCUGCAGUGGUUAUGGUGUCUGGUGGAGUGCUUGGAGCCCUCAGGAAGCACUAGGAGCAUCCAUCAAUGGAGGUACCCAGUCAGGGUGCCAGGUGGUCCGUUACAGUGGUCAUGGUUCUAGGAAUAAUCUUUUAAGAAUUGAGAUAAACCAGAGAUGUUUUUUAGGGGAGCAUGACAAGAUUCAGUCUUUAUUGUGAAUUAAUGUGGGGAAGAAGGAGAAAGCCAAAUGAAAAACUAAGCAAGAUUGCUCGGACAAUUUACUAAGAGAGAUCUCAGGAAUUGCAGGGGAUUUUUCAUACUAAGUUUGGAUUCUGUAAUGGGGUUUUGGUUAGAUAGAGGCAGUAUGACCGUCAAGGAUACGUUGGUAAGUGUGUUAUCCUCAUACAUAUGAUAUGAAAUUUCAAACAAUUAAUUUGUUUGCUAAGAGCAAAUGUGUAGAUGGAAAAGUGCAAUCUAUUAUGAGACCUUGAGUUUAAGGUACCCCCAACAGAGAGAGGUAAUGGGUGAAGCAUCUAAGAAAAAUCCAAAAAAUUAUCUGAGAGAUAAAAUUUGUCCCAGGAAAUUGCUGCUUUACAUGCUGGAACAAUAUCAACAGAAUCUCUAGAAAUUAUUUUAUUUGUGAUUUUGUUUAUGUAACAAAUCCAAUAUACAAAUGUAUUAAGCGUUCGUGAAAAUUAUAAUCGAGUUUUCUCUUGCAAUUUUUGCUGUGAAUAAUUUUUAUUUUUUUUCUGAAAUAAAUAUGAGCAUUAACUACAAAUAUCCUGAUUUAUUCCGGCAGCUGGUGAACAUUCCAGUGCCAUUGUCAAGGGAUGUGUUGAUGACACCAUAAUCUGUGGCUAUGCGGGUUCUCUCGAUAUUGGCGGCACUAAUCCUGCUACAAUUACAACAAGUAUUAAAUGCUGUGAUGGGGACGACUGCAACUCUUUUGGUUAUGACA